CCCCUGUGUAAACUGUUCCUUUCUGGUACACACGUUACCUUUGUGCAUUAUGAAAGCUUUUCCAGCACUUCAUGGUUGUGACAACAAAUAAGAGAAAAUGGAAAUGGAUUACACUGGAGAAUACAGUAAAAUGGAGAUGGAAUGUGAACCAAGGCAAUCAUUUCAGAGAGGUCAUCCAUGUAGCAGACAAACUGGCAUUCUUGUGCUGCUAACAGUCUGUGUGAUUAUUUUCAUGGUCAUGACUUCUGUCAUCUAUUCACAUCAAGAACGAAAGUUCUCAGUGCUGGAGAUUUGGAUGAAAAGCCAUACUUCUGAUCUAACCUCAGUCAAAUCUGAUCUUCAGAUCACAGGUGGUGACCUAAAAAAGAAGGUUGCAGAGCUGCAGAACUCAGUGUUCAGCCUGAGUUCAUAUUUGAACAUGUCUGGAUCAAAUAACCCGAUGACCAGAGACAUGCAAAUAAAGAAGCUGUCUAAUAUUGAGACCCUGAUGACUGGUCUUGGCUCCUCACUGAGUUCACUCGCAUCCAAACAAGAAAACCUACAAAAGCUGGAGCGCCAGCAGGAUGUGUCAUGCUCACAACGUAUCUUGGGGGAUAUGUCAAGCUCACUGACGGACCUGAAGCAUUUAAUGUGGGAAGUGAAAUCAUCAAUUGCAACUCUUCAUAAACUAUCACUUAGCAACUUACUUACGUCGGGCUGUACUGAAUCUGGUUGGAUCCCAUUCACAAACAGCUGUUACCUGUUCUCUCAUGAUACAAUGAACUGGACCAAAGCAAAAGACUAUUGCAAAGAGAAGGGUGCUUUACUUCUAAAAACAGAAGAUGCCUCUGAGAGGGAGUGGGAAUUUGUUACCAGUAUAGCCAAAGCACAAGAAUACUGGAUCGGUCUUACGGACCAGAACACAGGGCAGUGGAGAUGGGUGGAUGACAGUCCUUACACCAUGAAUAAAGCACAAUGGAGUCCUGGGCAGCCAGAUAACUGGAACCAACAUGGUCUGGGAGAGGAAGGAGAGGACUGUGGGCACAUUACAGUAUAUGGGCUGCUAAAUGACGCCCACUGCUCUCACAAAAAGAAGUAUAUAUGUGAAAUGAAAAAACAGGACUGAAAAUAUGUGACCCUGGUCAUAAGGGUUCAUUUUUUUUUUUUUUUAGAGAA